AUGAACAAGAUCCAACCCUCGCAACUCGCCGAGGAACAACGAAACGCUAAGAGGCUGUUUAAGUGCCUGCAGACAAAUAUGGAAGUCACUGUUGCUCUUGAAAUUCCUUCAGAGGAAGAUGUAAACGAUGUGAUAGAGAAGGUUUUGGUUCUUGAUAGAGCUUACCCACUUCCCCUUUUGGGAGCCAUGCUUGAGAAAUUCCCUGAAAAGUUUGAGCCUGUUAUGUGGUGGCCUGGGCCUAAUAAGAUUUCACAACCGCACAACGGAAAAAAAGAAGAAAGAGAAGAUGAAAGAAGUGUUAAUGAAUGGAUGGAGAAACAUGGUGUUGAAGAUCAACAAGAGUUUGGCCAUUUUAGGGCCUUGCACUUGGGCAUUUCAGCCAUUGGAUCAGUGUUUGUGGACAAUGUGGGGUCGUGGUCUUGGACAUAUUUGGUGACCCUUUGGGCUGGGUCUCUAGCUACUGUUAACUCCUUUGAGCAUGGAGGGCAAGUGGGAAUGGUGUUUGAAAUGUAUAGAUUCUAUGGAGGGUUCUUGCGUUUGUUAGAAGAAACCGUGGAGGCAACACUUGAAGAAAAAGAUGUGGAGAAAAGAGAAAAUGGUGAAGUGUUUGAGAGCAAGGUGGCUAUGCAAUUGGGAAGAAGCUGGUUUCAGCUGAGAGAGCUUGCCUCUAAGUCAGCUUCAUGUCGUAGGGAAGGAACUGCCAUGGAUGAAUUUGCAAGCAAGCUCUUCUAG